AUGGUUGCACCUACCCCUGCUAUCACGAUGCUGGACACAGAGCAAGAACGAGAAGCGUCACCCUUUUGCCAGAAGCUCAAGACCAUCGAGGACAACGCAAGAGCCGUAAUCGCCCAAUGGACUCCUGACCUAUUGGGCCAAGCUACUGGUAUUCAAGCAGAAACUUCAGCGUCGGGUACGAAGAGAAAAGCUUCUGAGAUGGACUCUGAUACCAGCGACGAUGACUCCGACUCUGGUUCCGACGACGAUGACGACAUGGUACCUCCGUACAAUCCAGAUUCUCAGCAGCGUCCGAAACUACCAAUAUAUCAUCCUGGCUUCAAACUUACGGAGGAACUCAUUCAAGGGAUUGUCGCUACAUUCCUCGACUUCAUCAGAGUAGCCAGGGCAAAUGGCUACAACGACGAUGAAUCGAACAUCCUUUGGAAUGAGAUAGUGAGGUGCAAAGAGAUUCCUUACCAGGACGCAGUUCGCCUGGCUGUGGCUGGAGAUACUGGUGCUGGCAAGUCCGCUUUGCUCAACGCAAUCAUGGGAGUGGACAACCUUACCAUCGAGGGCGAUGAAGGUGGGGCUUGUACCUGCGUCAUCACCGAGUUCUCACAGUCACCACCGACCCAGACAGCGCCGUUCGCUGCAGAAGUUGAGUUCUUCUGUCUUGACGUCUGUCGAAAGCUCGUAACAGAUCUUUUCUCUCAAUGGUUCAGAGUCAAACAGAAACAACGACAAAACCCGGAGGACGUUGACGAUGAAGACACGAGUCAGAUGUCAACAGCUCGAACUUGCUUGAACGAUAUGUUUGCUGACCGCCUGGGUUUCGAAAGUGCUGAGGCCUUCAUGUCCACCGCAACAUCGGCGGAUGACCCAAAAGUCCUCGGACAGUUCUUGAAGUGGACUACUGACAUCCACCAAAUGUUCGUCCAAGAUGGCGAGACGUCUGUUACCUUCGAAGCGAGUACCCCAGCAACUCUCGUUGAGCAAUACCACCCUUUCACGCGAGCUAUCAGUGUUGCGAACUUCAAAGGCAAACCGAUGAGGUUCAGUCCCUGGCCUGUCGUCAAGGUCAUUCGAGUUACACUCAAUUCGCCGCUCCUUCAGCAAGAUAUUAUCAUUUCUGAUAUUCCGGGUGCAUCCGACGUCAAUUACUUUCGCAUUGAUAACGCCAAGCGCCAUCUCCAGUCUUGCGACAUCACCAUCGUCGUAGGCAAGAUUGACCGCGUUGUAGAUAAUGUCUCCUUCACCAGACAAUACAUAGAGGCAUAUCGGCGAAGACGCAGUGGAAGCGUUAUUCUGGUAGCCACUCGAUCUGACGACUUGAAUGAUGAAGGUGGUUCCAAACCAUCAACAGACACUGAAGAUCUUGCAUUGAUUGCCGAGAAGAUCACAGAAGUGGGGCACAAGAUCCAGUUGAUCAAACAUGAAAUGGAUCACAACAAACUGCACAAGAACGCAAAGGCGAACAAGACGCUGAAGAAGCAGAAAAACAAGCUCACGAAGCGAACAGAGGCUCUUGUGAAGCAACGCAGGAACAUCCGCAUGGCUAUGCGCAACAAACGAGUUGGUCAAGGGCUUGAAGAAGGUUACCGCUCUAACACCAAAGAUGACGCAGGUGCUUCGGCUUAUUGCGUUUCCAAUCGCAUGUACAUGCGACAUAUUCGUGGAUUCGAUAAAACCAACGAGGGCAAGGCGCCUUCCAUGAGUCGAGAAGAGACGCAGAUACCAGCCCUCUGCGAGAGCAUAUAUAUUCUGCCUUCAAAGGGCAAAACAGCCAGCCUGGAUCAUUUCGUCAGGAACACAGUCCCAACCCUUCUGAGCAUCAUCCAGACCUCGUGCAGCACGACCACGCUAACACGUGUGAACCAUCUGACUAGCAUUGUCAAAAAGAGUCGACGACGUCUUGAACAGAGGAUCGACGAGCUGGCUCUCAAAUUUCGUGCAACCGACAUCAAGCUACUUCACGAUAGGCUCUCGGACCAUGUGUUGCAAACUAUGUUCGACAAGAACGCGCUGAAGUGGCUCGGAAAAUGGGAAACUUUGGUAUGUAUCUAUGCCCAGAAGAAAAAGGGCAUUAACAUGAACUGGAACGAAAACCUAAUGUCUGCAGUCAGACCGACUAUCGAUGUCACUUUCCGUACUCUCAUCGAUGAAAACUGUGACACCUUCAAAGCAGAGGCCGCACAAGCAAGCAAGGACACCCUUCGCGAGUUGGACCAUAUGCUGAAGAAUGAUCCCAAGGCGUUGGCCUGCGAAGCAUAUAAAAUAUGUUUCAAAGAUAAUCUGGCCCGUUUCGACGAGGAGAUCAAUAGGCAAGUCGACAUGGCAGCAAAGCAUCUCCGUGACAGCCUCAUCAAGACUCACUUGGAGUCCACUAGACUCUCAGAGGACGAUUAUUUUCCGGAUGCUAUGAGAGAGUUCUACGAAAAGGCUGUCAAAACCCCCACUGCCGGCAAGGGAGUCACGAUGAUGGCUGCACGAUGCCGAUAUCUCCGCGAAGCCAUCCCCGGACCCACCGGGCCUUUCUCUGAGAUUGCCGGCUGGGCGAAAGAAGAUGUCCAGGAAGCCGUCAACAAUUUCAGUGAAGAGUUCAAAAAGGGUGUCGAUGAUAUCUUCGUGAAGGUCCAGAAUGCAUUUGAGCGGAUGAAGAAGAGGAAAGAGAACGAUUCGCCGGAGGGGAAGAAGUUCCGGACUGAGCUCCAUCAGCUGGUCGCUGAGGCUAAGAGGAUCUUGGAGGGGGUUACGCGGGAGAGUCUCGAACUGUGCAAACAAUACAAGUGA